AUGGCAUACGCCGUGAUGCUGCUCAAGGAACACGUACUUGACGAGCACUGUUGCGUGGAGACCAUACAACAUCAUCGUAUCGAAACUGCGUUGUUGCGUUGUUGGAUGGCCCUUGGGAGUCGCAUCAAAGAAACAAGAGCGCGGUCGGGAGACUCGACGGAGACGCUUUCGACUUUUGAACCAAUCCCAAAUCGAUCGAGGACAGCGCUGUCGAAAUUUGAGCGCGACCUGCCCAUCUGCUUCAAACAGGGCAAGACGAAGGAGGCUGUGCAAAAGUGUGGGGUCACGACGCCGUCACUCCUCCUCAUCACAACAUCACCAGGCAUUCCCGUUCACAACGAGAGUUGUGGAGGAGAGGAGAAGGGUGCCGCUAAUCUCCCCGUGCCCCCCCUCCCCUCCUUAACAAGAAAUUACGGAAGCGAGCCAGAGUGGACCAGUUACGAAGUUCAGUUGUCUGGGAGUGAGAACGAUGUUCGGUGGAGAAGCUUCGGCGGUGGUUCUAAAACCUGCAGCGUCUGUGGGCUGCGGUCUGCCAGAUGA